CUAUCUCUACUUAUUAAAAAGUACAUAAACUCGAUCUGUGAAUGAUUUAAUAUUAAUAUUGUAAAAUUUGAAAAUUGUGUUUUGAGGUUAUAUUCAAGUCACGUGUAAUCAUAUACAAUAUAUCUUUAAAUGAUUGCUCCCAUUACUUAUUAUCAGAUUAAAUAAAAGAUUCUCGAUAAAUACAUAUAUUUAGUCCAUAAAUGUAUUAUAGUGAAAAUUUAACAAUUUUUGUAUUUAUUACGUGAUAUUCAUCAGUUGCUGUACUGUGAAAAGAAUCUAGAAAGAUAAUAAAUAUAAUAAAAGAAUGAAAUUUUUCACUGACUCUGUAGCACGUUGUGCUGCACGAAUUGGUACAUUAAGUGGAUUUGAAAGAUUACCAAAUAUUUCUUUUGAAACACCUUUGCUUCUUAUUUACACAAAGGCUGGUAGCGUACCACAUUUGACAAAGGACGUCUUUAAAACUGUAACAACAGAGGAACAAUUACUAACUGUCUCUCUUCCCUCAACCAUAUUAAUGGAAGAUGUUAUUAAAGAGCUAGAUGUUUCUUUUGCUGAUUUUGUUAGUAUGAAGGAAUAUAUAAAUUUUUUAUCGAUACACGACCCUGCGUAUACCACCAAUCCUGGCUUUCAGCAAUUAGAUUCUAUUUCUGUCUGGUCCAGAACAGGAAGAGUUGUUGUUUCAGCCAAUAAAUAUAUGGAACUUGUGAAAGCUUAUAAGCCAGAUCUAUAUGUUGCUCUAUGUGAUGGAGAUACAAAUGUUAAUAGCAGUGCAAAACGAGUAUCAAAGGCGGUGCGCCGAAGUAAAACUUUACUUGAACAAUGUUUAGAUAUCCAUCUACGCUCGGAUAUUUUGAAAUCGAAAGGAAUACUAGGACCAGUGGAGGGUGGUUAUAACUUGCAGGCUAGGGAAGAGUCCAUAGAUUAUCUAAAAGAUAAGCCUUUGGCAGGAUUCGUAAUAGAUGGAUUACACAAUAACGGGCCAAAUGUACAGAAUAUCUCAUUAGAACAAAUUAAACAAGUAGUACAGCAUACCGUCAACUUGCUACCUAUCGAUAAAAUCAGAGUGUCAAUGGGUUGUUGGAAUCCAACUACUGUAUUGGAUCUCAUUGAAUUAGGAGUAGAUGUAUUUGAUUCAUCCUAUCCUUACAUAAUUACUGAACAAUCGCAGGCUCUAACUUUCAUGUGCGAUCACGAUACUUGUGGGAACAAUCAGUGUGUAAUGUCAAUAGCAGAAAAGAGGUAUGCAGACGAUUUUUCCCCUAUUUGUAAAAAAUGCGAGUGUCUCGCGUGUCAAAAUCAUACAAGAGCAUAUAUCCAUCAUUUGCAUCAUACCAAGGAAAUGCUUGCUUUAGUACUCUUAAUGAUACACAAUAUCCAUCAUUAUCUUGAAUUCUUCAGGGUCAUUCGUGACAGUAUAAAAAAAGGAACAUUCAAUCAACUUCAGACAAAAAUUCGUCUAAAGUAUACAACUACUAACCCUGAAUCCACUGCUGUAUAAACAUUAUUUUUAAUAAAUUAUUUUUUAUUUA